ACGAACACGCCGAGUUUACGAAAUUUGUUUCUUAUUACCGUCCGUUACUGUCAUUUUAAAAAUAUAUCUUACAUACUAUAAUCGCAAGAUAUUUUAAAAGAUAUUGUGGCAAAAAACACGGACAGGCAAAAAUUAUACAUUAAACAGUUUAAUACUAACUUAUUAACAGCGAAAAUGUGUGGAAUAUUUUGCCUGUUUUCCAGCGAGAAAUGUUGUGAAAAAAAUAAUAAACUGCAGAGCUUGAAAAGUCAUUUUAAAAGUUCCAUACUGGAACGCGGCCCGGAUUGCAGCAGUGAGCUUGAAUUUAAUUUAGAGGGGUGGAAUGCUUACUUUUUCGCAUCUGUGCUGGGACUUCAAGGAGCAGAAAUUACAAGUCAGCCAGCAACCGAUGAAGAAGGAAAUCUGUUGCUAUGGAAUGGAGACGUCUUUGGAGGACCCACAAUUCCUCCAGCAACAAGUGACACUACAUUUCUGUCUCAGUCUCUACAGUCUACGCAAGGUUCUCAAAAGGAUAUUGUCAAUAUCCUGAGCUCUGUGGAAGGUCCCUGGAGCUUUGUCUAUUGGAAUAGAGCCACUAAGGAGCUUUGGUUUGGCAGAGAUCCACUUGGUAGACAUAGUCUUUUAUGGAAUGCCAAGUGCUCAAGCAAUUUGGUGCUAUCUUCAAUUGGGCAUCGUCUAACUGAAUUUGAAGAGGUUCCCGCUAUUGGGAUUUUCCUAGCAAAGUUCUCUGAAGAAGCAUACUCAGUGACAUUGUUUCCAUGGCACAACUUAGACAUAAAUUGUGCAAUUGAAAACUUUCAACUCAACAAGAUUUUCAACUUUGAAGUUUCCCCCGACAUUAUGGCCAAAUCAAAUUACUGCUCAAACAGUCUUCUGCUACCUGAAAGCUGUGAUAGUUUCAUUCAACUAGUCAAGGAUGGAGCCGAUGAGCAAGCAGAGACAUUUAAUAUUGAAUCCUUCUAUGAAAAACUUCUAAGUGAUCCUGAGGUCCUUGCAAGGGUUGAUAAUCUUAUUUUAGAGCUGAAGACUGCAGUCGAUGUUAGGUGCAAAUUGCAACCAGCCAAAUGCAAAUCUUGUAAAAACGCUGCGGAAGCAUUGGCGUGCAGGCACUCUAGGGUAGCUGUGCUUUUUUCUGGAGGGUUGGACUCCACGAUCAUUGCUCUUCUUGCACAUUUUUGUGUCCCUCCAGGAUCUAGUAUUGACCUCAUAAAUGUUGCCUUUCCCUGCUCACAAGCUCAAGUUCCACGCACAAAGGGCAAGAAGAAAGGAUCAAAAUUUGCAGAGGAGCCCGCAAUAGUUGACACGAUGGAGCAGCAGUUAAUACAGAGUGAUCCAAGCUACGAAACUCCUGACAGAAUAACUGGGAAAGCCUCUUUUUCUGAGCUUGUGAAAAUCGCUCCAGAUCGUGAAUUUAAUUUUGUUGAGGUGAAUGUCACCAAAGACGAGCUGAAGCUGAAGAGAAAUGAGUGCAUAGCAGAUUUGAUAUUCCCUUUAAAUUCGAUUUUGGACGAUAGUUUAGGUUGUGCACUUUGGUUUGCUGCUAGAGGCCAGGGAAUCAAGCACAAUACAGCUGGAACCACUGAAAAGGGCUAUGAGUCACCAGCAAACGUGCUGCUGCUUGGAAUGGGAGCUGAUGAGCUGCUAGGUGGAUAUUCCAAAUAUAGGAAACAGUUCAGUAAAAAUGAAGACUGGUCAUCAGUAGCGAAAUUAUUGGCUCACGAUUUGGCUGUGAUACCUUACAGGAAUUUGGGAAGAGAUGACAGGGUAGUGAGUAAUUCAGGUCGCCAGCCACGAUUCCCGUUUCUAGCAGAAAACUUUGUGCAAUUUAUUGUCAAUCUGCCUGCGCACUUAAGGACUGCACCAUUUGGCUUCUUGCCCUCUGGAGCUGGAGAAAAAUUGCUUUUGCGGUUGGCUGCAUUCCGUUUGGGUCUCAAAGUGGCCUCAACGGCUCCUAAGAGGGCUCUGCAGUUCGGUUCCAAGAUAGCCAAUCUGGAGUGUAAAAACGAGAUAGGCCACAAUGUGUGUUCAAGACUGUUACUAUCAGAGGAUAAUUAAUUGUCGCUUUUAGAGCUUAAAAUAAAUGCGACGCAGAAAUUAAAAGUUGUCCUGCGUUUGGACGCUGUGAUUUCGCGAAGAGCAAAGAUGA